GGUGCAGGGCAGGCAGUGGCACUCAGAGUAACAGCAGAUCGUUGUGCUUUCUAUAAUUGCAGGUUCCUUGGGUGGCAGGACACACUGUACUUACAUUAUGGAAAGCAAUACUUGAAAGAUUGUUACAUUGAAGGGAGUGUGGACUUCAUUUUUGGUAAUAAUACUGCACUCUUGGAACAUUGUCACAUCCAUUGCAAGUCCGCAGGGUUUAUAACCGCACAGAGCGAAACUCUCCACGGGAAAAAGCUGGUUAUGUAUUCCCGAGAUGUGUUGUCACAGGUAAUGGGGGAACUUCAUAUGCAUAUCUGGGAAGACCAUGGAGACCUUUUGCAAGAGUGGUGUUCUGGACCGGGUUUCUGCCCAUCCCAAAGAGUGAAAUGGGCCAGAGAAUUGAAGAAUGAAGGAGCUGAGCAGUUUCUGAGUCACACCUUCAUUGAUCCAGAAUCAGACAGAUCUUGGCUUCCUCAAAGAAUGACCUUCAAUUAUUAA